AUGGAGUUUGUUGACUAUGCACUGGGCAACAGGAGCGUUGAGGACUAUUUCAAGGAGAUGGAGAUGUCCAUGAUGCGUGCAAACAUAGUUGAGGACCAUGAGGCGACUAUGGCUCGGUUUUUGGCACGUUUAAAUUCUGAAAUAGCAAACAUUGUUGAAAUGCAACAUUAUGUUGAGUUGGAUGACAUGGUGCAUAUGGCGAUCAAAAUUGAGAAACAAGCACCACAACCGCCAUUACGGAUUCGAGAGCCAGGCGAAUCCAGCAAACCAAAGCCUCCCAUUGCUGAUAAUGGACGUGGCAAACAACCAAUGGUGGCACCAGAACGAUCAAGAGAUAUUCAGUGCUUUAAUUGCCUUGGUAGAGGACAUGUUGCUAGCCAGUGUCCUAAUCGGAGGGUUAUGUUGAUGCGAGAAGAUGGAGAGAUCGAGUCAGAUUCUGAGGAAGAUGUACAUGAACUCCCGACUAAAGAAGAUGAAGAGAAUGACCUAGAAGUUGUUGAAUCUGGUCAAGUUAUGGAGAUCAUGGUUGUCAAACGUAGUUUGAAUGUGCAACAGGUGCAAGACGAGCAACAACGUCUUAAGACGACAAAGCAUCCGAAUCCGUACAAGUUGCAGUGGUUGAAUGACGGUGGAGAACUUAAAGUGACGAAACAAGUGGUUGUACCGCUUUCAAUUGGAAACUACAAGGACGAGGUCCUUUGUAAUGUUGUGUCGAUGGAUGCUACUCACCUUCUUUUGGGCGCCUUGUUUGAGGAUGUGUUUCCGAAAGAAACACCGAAGGGAUUACCACCUCUUCGUGGCAUUGAGCACCAGAUUGAUUUCAUUCCAGAUGCUACCAUUCCAAAUCGACCAGCUUAUCGUACUAACCCUGAAGAGACGAAAGAGCUUCAAAGGCAAGUUGCAGAAUUGAUGGACAAGGGUUAUAUUCGAGAAAGUCUGAGUCCAUGUGCUGUUCCGGUGUUGUUAGUACCGAAGAAAGAUGGGUCUUGGAGGAUAGCCGUCAUCUUCUCCAAAAUUAACUUGAAGAGUGGAUAUCAUCAGAUUCGCAUGCGAGAAGGCGAUUUAAUGGAAGAUGACCUUCAAAACAAAGCUAGUUCUAUUACCGCACCCUUAACCGAAAUUAUUAAAAAGAAUUCCAGCUUCUUGUGGGACGCAGUUUUAAUACAGGAAAAGAGGCCCGUUGCAUAUUUUAGCGAGAAACUGAGUGGAGCAACAUUGAAUUAUCCGGUUUAUGAUAAAGAGAUGUAUGCUCUGAUUCGGGCAUUGGAGACAUGGCAGCAUUACUUGUUGCCUAAGGAGUUUGUGAUCCACACUGACCACGAGGCUUUACGAUAUAUCACAGGGAAAGAUAAUGUCGUUGCUGAUGCAUUAUCACGCAGAUAUGUACUAUUGAGUUAUCUUGAUUCACAUUUGAUUGGGUUUGCAUAUAUUCGAGAGUUAUACUCUGAUGAUCAUGAUUUUUGCGAUAAGUAUAAUGCUUGUGAGAAAGGUGCAGAUGGAAAAUUCUACAGGCAUGAUGGAUAUCUUUUCAAAGAAAAUAGGAUAUGA